AAACGAAGCUUGUCCAGCUGGCUAAUACGUCAUUUCAGCUGGAGGGCGCUGCAAGAUCCAGACAUGAGGCGCUCAUAUCAAUUGCCAUUCGCCAACUGGCUGUACCAGGCGAUUGGCGAAAAGGCUACACCUUUUGUCCUCUCUCUCUCUCUCUAACCUACUCCCUCUCACUCAUCGGUCUCCAUUGCUUCGGAAUCAAACGCUUCGAGGCUUGCCUUUUGAAGCCUCCAAUCAUCCCUAGCGCCUCUGGGGAAAUUACACGAACAAAAAGAAAUGAAAUGAUUUUAAGUUCUCAGAGAGGGGUGGGGUUUGGUUAUUUUUUGGGGUCUGGUUCUUCAUUUUGUUAUUCUAUUUUCGUACGUUUUUUCGGCAUCAUAGCCGAUUACAAUCUCCUGCUCGAAUCUCAAUCAUAAUUGUGGAGAAGUUAGUGUUUGGGGUAGUGAUUUUUUGGGGUAAAUGUAGGGUUUGUUUAAGGAAGUCUGCGAGUUUGAUGAAAUAGAAGACACCCUUUGGAUCUUGGUUGAAGCUAUCGGAGGGUUUGUCCAGGAUGGUUUGCCGGGGCUGCUUGGAGUGUCCCUUGAAGCUUCUCAACUUUUUGUUGACCCUCGUGGGUCUGGCCAUGGUGGGAUAUGGAAUCUAUUUGUUGGUAGAAUUCAUGAAAUCGUCUGGUGAAAGGCUUACGAUCUUGCCGGAAGGUGAUACUGGUAGUUCGACUCAGCUAGGCCGGCCAAUGCUUAUGGCAUUAUCUUUGUCAACAAAUAUUCUGGACAAGUUGCCAAAAGCUUGGUUCAUUUAUGCAUUUAUUGGGAUCGGAGUGAUCCUCUUUGUGAUAUCAUGUUUUGGUUGUAUUGGAGCAGUGACACGAAAUGGAUGCUGCCUGUCUUGUUAUUCAGUUCUGGUGAUCUUGUUGAUCUUGGUGGAACUGGGAUGUGCUGCUUUCAUUUUCUUUGACAAAAGCUGGAAAGAGGAAAUCCCAAAAGAUAAGACUGGAGAUUUUGAUAUGAUUUAUGAUUUUCUGAAGGAGCACUGGAAGGUUAUCAAAUGGGCUGCCUUGGCAGCUGUUGUUUUAGAGGCUCUGCUGUUUUUGUUAGCUCUUUCGGUAAGGGCAGCAAACAGACCAUUAGAUUAUGACAGUGAUGAUGAGAUCAUUAAUGCGAGCCAAAUCCGGCAACCACUGAUUACCAGGCCACCCCCUCCAACGGGUGUGCCUGUUGCUGGCACCCUUGAUCAGCGUCCAAGCAGAAAUGAUGCUUGGAGUACACGUAUGAGGGAAAAGUAUGGGCUUGAUACUUCAGAGUUUACAUACAACCCCUCCGAGUCGAACAGGUACCAACAGGCCACAGUGCAGUCGCAAGAGGAGCGAAGCCGUUGCACUAUCAUGUAAUAAUUCACUUGGUUUUGCUCGAGUUCAGAAGUUGGCUGUUCCAGAAACCGAUUUUCUUGGAAAGUGGUGUGGUUAGCUGAAUUAGAGGACUGUUUGUGCUGAGUUUGUGUACAAUCGACAUUUUGCCCGGAACAUCAUUGAUAUCCAUCUUCCUCCAUAUGUUUUCUCCCAGAAAAAUGACUUGGUCUUCACCCUAUCGUCAAAUGUGUUGGCAUUUGGUGUGUACAACUAUCCUCCUAAAUUAGGGUUUCUUUUGGAGUUGGAGGCUGCAGGUUGUUCUACUGCUUUGAGUAAUUAACAUUUGGUGUUGAUGUUGUAUUUCACUUAGAUAAUUGGCCAUGCAAUUGUCUUUCUGCUC